UACUAUCUUUAUAGAUUUACCCUGGGUAUGAUUUUGAAGGAGGAUAUCCAGUGACAUUGCUAUAUUCUUUAUAUAAUGAGCUAAGUAAGCGUUAUCCACACUCACGCAUUACAGUAAUGAAACAGGAAUCUGUGUCUUUCAAAGCAGAGCUUGUACUUCGGAUGCUUAAUUAUACAUUAAGUAAGAGCACACUAAAAUUUGGAAUUCGUAAAAUGGUUAGCUAUCAAACAAAUAAUGUUUUUUCUGCGAAAAUCAUUUGGGAAGCUAUUAAUAAUCAGGCUAACGAAGAAGGCAAUAUAAAUCCAUUAUACAGCAUUUCUGAAAUAGCUGAUUCCUGGAUUUCUACAGAUCGCCUGCCAGUAGUUUCAUUACAACGCAAUUAUACAUCAAACGCAGCUAAAAUUUACCAAAAAAUGUUUCUACGGGAACGCCCUCAUGAUGUCCAAGAUCAUGAUAAAAUAAUUUGGUGGAUCCCCAUAGUUUUAGUUGAACAAAACAGAUUAGACUUCUCAAACACAACACCAUAUCUCUGGUUGGAAAAAACAACGGAAACAAAACUAACGAAUCUGUCAAAUCGUAAUUCCUUCAUCAUAAUAAAUCCGGAAGAGAUAGCACCAUUUAUAGUAAAUUACGAUCAACAAAAUUGGAACAUGAUUUCAAAUUAUUUAAAAAAUGAAACACAUUUGGAGAAAAUACCAGCGUUAACACGUGGUACUAAAACUCAGAAUAUUUGAGUGACACUGCAAGAA